AUGGCAAAGAAGCCUCAAGCCUCAGAACCCAGUCUUGACGCAUCGCAGCCGGAGUUGCAACAGCCGGAAGAACCCCAGGCGCCUGCGCCCAGCAGUAUCGACGAUGAAAUCAACAAUAUAUCAAUCGCCUCCCUCACCCUCGACACUCCUCUGAUCCCGCUCCGAAAGAAGCCGCCGCGUGUCCCCGCCACGCCGUUCCACUUCCUCUCCCUGCCCACCGAACUGCGCAUCAAGAUAUACGAAUACUACUUCGAAGAUGACGACGAGGUCAUUGACCUGUCUCCUCAAAACUACAAGCGCAUCCAUAAGAAGCUCGGCCUCAUGCGCGUCUGCAAGCUCCUGCACAAGGAGGCGACGUACUACUACUACGGCACCCGGACGUUUCGCAUCUUCCCCACGUAUCCGGGCAAGUACUUCAAGACCAAGCGCCCGUUACUCGCGCGCCUCAAGCCGCGGCAGCGUGAAUGCCUGACGACGCUGGAAUUGCGCCUUGGCCCGGGGUGGAAUGCGCCACCCAAGGGCUGGGCCGUCAACGAGGCCCUCGGGCUUGGGGACUGCGUCAGGGUGCGCAAGGUCAGGGUCCUCGUGGAAUGCGACCCCAGCGACAACAUCUUCAAGGGCUUUCGCCGGUCCAACGGCUUCUACGAGGGCUUCAGUCAAAAGCUUCUCGCCGACGUGCUCGCGGCCUUGCCGGCCGUUGCCGAGGUCGAGUUUGACGCCUGGUCCAGCGUCAAGAAGUCGGGCGCGAUGAUGUCCGGCCUCAUCAAGGUCGCCUCCGAAGCCAAGGGCGUGGCGGUCCGAUGGGGGCCAGAGCGCGGCUGGACGGACGCGGAUGAGGACGAAGAAGCAACGGUCGCUGGAUCCGACCCAAACAGGCCGCUCGAAAGCGUUCCGAUUCCGGGCUUCGAGAACCUGCACGGCAUUUUGGUUGAGGCGUGA